CCUACCAUGUAUUUUUUAUUUUUGUAAUAAAUACUUAUAGUAAUUUUUGACAGUCUAAAAAUCAACUAAUGUCAUUUUGAUUGUAGUUUUUGACCACAAAUAUUUUUCUAUUAAAAAAUGUUCAAAUUAAAUGAAAAUUAUUAUUUGAGAAAGUGUUAUCUUGAACGCGAACAAGUCCCGACCCAGUCUGUGAUGAAAAAUAAGAUGUCGCCACCGUUAGCAAAUGUAUACUUUAAAUCGAUGACACCAAAAUUGAAAGUUCUCGCUGGCUUAGAGCCACCUAUGAAAGGAGGCGGCAAUGAUUGGUUCGUAGCACCUGAAGAUCUUUUAAAAGAACGGGCCAUCUUAAAACCUGUAAAGAAAGAGUAUCUCUCAAAACUAGGAUACAACGGUAUAAGAUUCUUCGGUGAGAAACUAGUUAAAAAUCACAAAAAACAUCUGGAAGAUGAAAAAACUAUUCUACUUCAAGAGAACGAUAUCAAUUGGAAGAAAACUAUUGAAACAAACUGUCGCCAGCUCUGGGAAAAUUGCUCUAAAGAAGCUGCUAAACAAAAUACUCGGAAAAUACAACAAGCAUUUCAUGAAUUUACUAUAAUGUACACUACAUCCAUUUCUAAAAUAGAGUUAUUGUUUCAUGACGCGACUAUUAAAGAAAUCAAAAGAGCUAAGGAAGAGGCCUAUAAUAAAAUGAGUCUUCGUUAUAAAACGUUGUUAAAGCAUCAGGCGACGAUGUUGUACGAUAAAUAUAAUGAACAAUUAUUAAAAGACAAAGCAAAUCUUAAAGCCCAAUUUAUAAAGAACAUUGAAGAAUCACGGUCACUUACGGCGGAACAAAUACAUGAUAUAAAUGUUGAAAAACAUACAGUUGUAGAAAAGUUAAGAAAUUUACUUGAGUGUCAAAACUUAGCUUGUCAAGUAUACGUAGCUCUAAAAGAACGAGAAAAAUGUAAUAAAGAAAUACAACAGAUGACGCACGAACACGCUAAAAAGGUAAAAGUAUUGACGGAUGAAAUAGCAAUGAAAGAUUUCGAAAUUCGACUAGCAAAAGAGAAGGAACGGAAUUGUGAUGAGUUCAUGAAGAUAUGGCAAAAGAAAGUAUGCGAAGUGGUUAAAAGGUUUCAAUUGUUUGUAGUGUAUUGUCUAAACACUUUACCGGAACACGCAGAUUUUUUCAUUGACAUGGAGAAAUUAAUGUUGUUACAGUUAAACGAAGCAUUAGAAAACCCUAGUGCUGAAAGUAUUUUUGUGUCUGAACAAGAUGAAUCGCGGCACACUCCAGUACCUCGACCGCAUCCAUUCUUUCUCUUUUGCGAUAAAGGAUAUAAACCAAGACUCGAGCAAAAUCUCUGUCCGAAACAUUGUACGUCCAGUGCAUCUCAACUGCCGGUAAUAGUAGUAAACAAAAGAUGCAUCUAUGCCGCUUGUGAUAAUUUUGACAUGUUUACGGAUAAAAUAAAGCAAUACAUUCACGGCCAACGUGGAGAUGAUGAAGAUUUAGCUGAUAAUUACGUGUAUGAGCAUGCCGUUCCAGUUAAAUUUACCUCUUCCAAACAGCUGCUAGAAUUAAAAUUGGAAAGCUCUUUAUUUCAAAUUAUACAAAAUGAACUAUCGAACGUAAAUGAUGUACCUCUUAAUUGUUGUAUUUGCAACGUACCUUACUGUUUCUGUAAUCCGCUCGAAGCAACACAGAUUCCUUCAAAUUCUCACAUAGAAACCAAAAUGACACCUGCCACAUCUAUUUCUUCAGGUAUCAAGAUUGAAACUGCAAGUGUCGAAUUGGCCCAUGAACGAGAACCGAAAUGGGAGAGUUUCAUGAAUUAUAUGGAUUCAAAGAAAUGCAAAUGUAGUAAAAAAGCUAAAAGACACUUGAAAGAACAUCUUCCAGUUUACAUGAGGAAGAUGUCGACCUUUGAUUCGCCUGAUUUGCCUAACUAUGAAAAAUGUUCUCUUGCUACUUUGAAGAAGUUGGUGAAAAGGGCUCAAGGGAAAUCUUCACCUCCUCUAAAACCUGAACCAAUUGAAAUAAGAACCAAAGAUGCCAGCACCCAAUAUACGGAACCAAGUUUCGAUUAUCUAUGCAAUUGCUUUUCCGACUUUGAAAUAAAGAAGCUUCUCCAUGAAAUUGUAAAAGGAUCGCAAAUGUUCGAUAGUGACACUAGGAAUAAAUUCGCAAUAGUUGACGGCUCCAUAACACCAUCACACUUAACGAAAAAUGCAAGUUCGUUUGCAACAGAGCGGGCGUAUUCUUUGAAGAAUUUAAUAGAUGAGUCGCCUCAACUUGUAGAAAUAUUUAGAAUGAAAGAUUGUAAUGAAAUUAAAUAAA